AUGGGUUGGCUAAAGCUGCAGCACAACCAGCUUUCCGGGCCUACACAAGACACCGAUGCUACGCCAGCAAAGACGUCAGGUUCCAAAUCCGACGCAGUUCACAUCGAGGCCAUAGACGAGCCAGGCACUGAAUCACCUAUCCCUCCGCCCACACCCAAAGACGAGACGCUUCGUCCCAGCCAGCCUCCUCUUCCAUUCGCAGACGCAGCAACCCCGAACGACCAACUCCCUUUCAUCUCGGCAUCACGGGUCGCCGCUGAGAGCAGCAGGACCAACACCAACAGCCAACCCGACGAAAGAGGAGAAAACAACAACAGAAGACGUCUCUGGAUCGUCAUCGACGCCAUCGUCUACGAUUGCACCGACUUCGCCCGCUCACAGCACCACCCAGGUGGCGCUGCCCCCAUCGAGCAGCUCGCGGGCGGCGACUGCUCCUGGCAGUUCUGGCGCUUCCAUGCGGCCGAGCAUCUGCGCGACUACGGCUGGGGGUUGCGCGUGGCCAGGACGGCGGGCGUGCGCAACAAGUUUGGGGAGAAGCGGCCGAGUAUCGACCGACAAAUCGUCUUGUCGCAGCGGAAAUACACCAUGGCCGCAUUCAAUUUCGCCGCAUUCGUUGAGCCGUGCUCGUCUCAGCCCCGACUGGGCCAUUAUGAUUUCGAGCACGAUACCAUUCAGCCAAUCUCAUUCGUCUCCGGAACGCCCGUCACGGAUCUGUACCAGGUUAUUUCCGCAGGCCAAGAUUCUGUGAUACGCAGCGAAGAGGCGAUUCCGGUGUCAUCAGUCAAACUCUUGGCUCCUAUCAGCGGCCGAGACGUGCUGGCAGUCGGCAAGAACUACAGCGAGCACGCCAAAGAGUUCAACCAGUCCGGCUUCGACAGCUCCGACAAGGUCGACCAGCCCUCGCAUCCCGUCAUUUUCACCAAGCGCCACACCUCCAUCGUUGCCCAUGGAGACGACAUCUACGUUCACCCCCACUUUACCCAAACGCUCGACUACGAAGGCGAGCUCGGCGUCAUUGUGGGAAAACCGGGUUUCCGGAUUGCAAAGGAUGCUGCCAUGGACCAUGUGUGGGGAUACACCAUCAUCAACGAUGUGACUGCGCGCGAAAGGCAAAGAGACCAUAAGCAGUUCUACAUCGGCAAGUCUGGUGACACCUUUUGUCCUAUGGGACCGGUGGCUGUUGCAAAAGAGAAUCUUCCUCAAGUCCUUCAGGUGUCAACACACGUCAAUGGGGAACUCAGGCAGAAGUCCACCACCGAAGAGCUGAUCUUCUCCAUCCCUCAGCUCAUCGAGACCCUGUCUGAGGGCCAGACGCUUCAGCCUGGCGAUGUGCUGGCGACCGGUACUCCCGCUGGCGUGGGAAUAGGCAAGAACCCACCUGUUUUCUUGAGUCCAGGGGAUGAGGUCGUUGUGUCAAUCACGGGCCUAGGUUCUCUCCGCAACAAAGUUACCGACGUUCCACCUGCCCCCAUCACGCAACCCUCUCCUCUCGCCCAGAGCAACGCUACCAAAGCCAUCCACGGCGCCGGAUUGACCAACUUCGGCGGGAAGCCACUGCACUACAAGCGCCUCGGAGCGGCCGACGGCGCGCCAAUUGUCUUCGUGCAUGGCCUCGGCGGCACGCUCGAAUACUGGCAGCCACUGAUCACAGCGGCUUCCCUGGGCGACAAGCACGCUCUGCACCUCUUCGAUCUCGAGGGCCACGGCCUCUCGCCCACGUCCCCGCUCAGCGCUCUUUCCAUCGCCUCGUUCGCGGCGGACCUCCUACACGUCUUCAAGCACGCCGCCAUUUCAGGUGCUACCUUGGUCGCGCACUCGAUGGGCUGCCUCGUCGCGCUGGAGUUUGCGAACGCCCAUCCCGAGCUCGUCGGGAAGCUCGUGUUGAUCGGGCCUCCGCCGUCGCCGUUGCCGGAAGCGGCAUCGAAGGGCUCGUACGCGCGCGCUGCUGCGGUGAGGGCCGGAGGGAUGCGGGCUGUGGUUGAUGCCGUUGUCGAGGCUGGCACGUCGGAGUGGACGAAGAAGCAGAAUCCGUUGGCGGUUGCUGCUGUGAGAUUGUCUCUCUUGGGCCAGGAGCCGGAGGGAUACGCGAAGGCGUGCACUGCGCUUGCAGGUGCCACCGAUGCCAUUAGCGUCGAGAAGUUGACGCAGCCGACACUGAUAAUUACCGGGGCGGAGGACAAAGUGUCGCCGCCGUCACUAUGCAAGAGCUACGGAGAAAGGAUCCCGGAAAGUCAGGUCAUUGUGUUGGAGAAGGCCGGGCAUUGGCACGUAUUCGAAGACGUGGAAGGAGUGGCCGCUGCGGUUAGCCAGUUCCUUGCAUAG